GGGAAGGUGGACCCUGGGCUGUACCGAACCUGGUGGGACCGACGGGGCCUGCGGGGAGAAGGUUCUGGACGCGAGGAGGCUAGAGCCAGUGCUCCACCAGCCAGAGGGGCGGAAGGAUCAGACGGUGCUGAGGGACCCUGCCCCAACCUUCGGACGUCCCAGUGUUGAGCUGAGAUGGCCUGGUUGAUGUACACAGGCUGCUCUCCUGCGGUGUGGAUGAUUUAAACCACUAGGCAGCCCUGGGCCAGGAGAGAAGGCAUUCCCUCUGCCUGGAUGUGUGGGAACUCCCUGCCAACUUGAUUGGCCCAUCUGGGGGGGAUCCACCCCCACCCCACAAAGAAGGUACAGUCCAUUUUGUGGGUGGGACCUCAGGUGCCAAUCCCUGAAGCAUGGCCACUCCUGUGGUCACCAAGACGGCCUGGAAAUUGCAAGAGAUCGUCGCCCAUGCCAGCAAUGUGUCCUCACUGGUACUGGGCAAAGCAUCUGGGCGGCUGCUGGCCACGGGUGGAGAUGACUGCCGUGUCAACCUGUGGUCCAUCAACAAGCCCAACUGCAUCAUGAGCCUGACUGGUCACACGUCCCCUGUGGAGAGUGUCCGCCUCAACACUCCGGAGGAGCUCAUCGUGGCUGGCUCCCAGUCGGGCUCCAUCCGUGUCUGGGACCUGGAAGCUGCCAAAAUUCUUCGCACACUCAUGGGGCACAAGGCCAACAUCUGCAGUCUGGAUUUCCAUCCCUACGGCGAGUUCGUGGCCUCGGGUUCCCAGGAUACGAACAUCAAGCUCUGGGACAUCAGAAGAAAAGGCUGUGUCUUCCGGUACAGGGGUCAUAGUCAGGCUGUGCGCUGUCUCCGGUUCAGCCCUGAUGGGAAAUGGUUAGCAUCAGCCGCAGAUGACCACACAGUAAAGCUCUGGGAUCUGACUGCUGGCAAGAUGAUGUCCGAGUUCCCAGGUCACACAGGGCCUGUCAACGUGGUGGAGUUUCACCCCAAUGAAUACCUCUUAGCUUCUGGCAGCUCUGACAGAACCAUCCGGUUUUGGGAUCUGGAGAAGUUCCAGGUAGUGAGCUGCAUUGAAGGGGAGCCGGGCCCUGUCAGGAGCGUCCUCUUCAACCCUGAUGGCUGCUGCCUGUAUAGUGGCUGCCAGGACUCACUGCGUGUCUACGGCUGGGAGCCUGAGCGCUGCUUUGAUGUGGUCCUUGUCAACUGGGGCAAGGUGGCUGACUUAGCCAUCUGCAACGACCAGCUGAUAGGUGUGGCUUUCUCCCAGAGCAACGUCUCCUCUUAUGUGGUGGACCUCACGAGGGUCACCAGGACAGGCACAGUGGCCCAUGACCCUGUUCAGGAUAGCCGGCCCCUAACACAGCAGCUGCCCACCCCAGGAGCUCCUCUGCGGCGUAUCUAUGAGCGACCCAGUACAACCUGCAGCAAGCCUCAGAGAGUCAAGCACAACUCGGAGAGUGAGCGGCGCAGCCCCAGCAGUGAGGAUGACAGGGAUGAGCGGGAGUCCCGGGCUGAGAUCCAGAAUGCAGAGGACUACAAUGAGAUCUUCCAGCCCAAGAACAGCAUCAGUCGGACACCACCGCGGAGAAGCGAGCCUUUCCCAGCACCCCCAGAGGAUGACACAGCCCUAACAAAGGAGGCCUCAAAGCCCAACUCAGCCAUGGAUAUGCAGUUCCCCGUGCCAAACCUCGAGGUUCCAGCCCAGCCCCCAAUCGUGACUUCCAUUCCUGCACCCAAGGGGGAGCCUGCCAUCAUUCCUGCCACUAGGAACGAGCCUAUUGGGCUGAAGGCCUCGGACUUCCUGCCUGCUGUGAAGAUUGCCCAGCAGGCGGAGCUGGUGGAUGAGGAUGCCAUGUCACAAAUUCGCAAAGGCCAUGACACCAUGUGCGUGGUGCUCACCAGCCGCCACAAGAACCUGGACACUGUGCGUGCUGUGUGGACCACAGGCGACAUCAAGACGUCAGUGGACUCUGCCGUGGCCAUCAAUGACCUGUCAGUGGUGGUGGACCUCCUAAACAUUGUCAACCAGAAAGCCUCACUGUGGAAGCUGGACCUGUGCACCACUGUGCUGCCACAGAUCGAGAAGCUUCUGCAGAGCAAGUAUGAGAGCUACGUGCAGACAGGAUGCACCUCCUUGAAGUUGAUCUUGCAGCGGUUCCUGCCCCUCAUCACUGACAUCCUGGCUGCCCCACCCUCUGUGGGUGUGGACAUCAGCCGAGAGGAGAGGCUGCACAAGUGCCGGCUCUGCUACAAGCAGCUCAAGAAUAUCAACGGCCUCGUCAAGAGCAAGUCGGGCUUGAGCGGCCGCCACGGCAGUGCCUUCCGUGAGCUGCACCUACUCAUGGCCAGUUUGGAUUGAGGAACCCAUGGGUGGGGCACCAGCAGCCUCGGGACCUGGCCUUGGCCCACAUUCUCGUUUCCCGUGUGCCCACUGGCCAACGUCUCAGCCUGGCCUCUGCUGCUGCCUCGAUGGUCCUGGAAGCAGCAGUGCAGGCCCACUGGCCACUUCCACAGCCGCGGACUCACCAGUUCCUCUCCAGCGGUGGCUGCCUGGCUUUUGCUUCUCAGGGCAGCAACUCAAGCCUUGGGGCUGCUACUGUAAUUUAUCAGGCGAAUUUAUUAAAUUUAUAACUUCCUGGC